AUGGCCGCCUUGCCGCCUGUGAGCACCGGCUUUUUUGCGGGCAACACUCUUGCAUCCUCCAUGAAUGACCGCGCCGCUGCCGCCAUCAACAGCAACAACAACUACCCCGGCUGGGGCAUCAGCAACAACAACAACGCAAACGACAACAACGACAACAGCAAGAUCGACAAGAGCGACAACAGCGACAGGAAUAACAACAACCACAACUUGGGCGGGAUUGAACUUCCACUUUGGUCCCCCUCACUGAUUCUCAAUUCGCCCACAUGGUUGGCGGCCAUCACCUCGGCUGGCGCGGCAGACGGCCAUGAGCAAAACACAGCCUUCAACGGCACGCACUUUUUCAAUAACUGGCAAGCCUCAUCGGCUCAAGCUCAAGAGCCAGCUCAGUAUCGGGCUAAGCAAUGUAUCCUUGCCUUCAACCCCACUCGGCCCGAGCCCUGUUGUGCGUCUCCCACCAUGGCCUUGCCUGGGGGCGAUGUGCCGAUCAAGCCGAAUACGCUACCGCGCGGAAGCGGUGCGAGCCUCUCUUCGUCAAUGGAUGGAGUUGGUCACCAAUGGCAGCCUGCAAGCAAAGCUACGGGAGCAGAUGCUUAUCCAUCGGCCAAACGUGCGCACCACGAGGACAGCUGCCGCACGCCGAGCCCGGCAUCCAUUGGUUGCGCUCUCUCACCGCUUCUCGAGGCCGCGGAUACUGCUGACGCGGCCGGAGCCUCGCCCUCCCAACCCCUUGAGCAACUCUGUGCUCUCUUGCAAGAGACCCCAGCUGAGCGUGAGAUUGAGUCCCAAGUCACAUCUAACCAGGCCAACUUGAUUCUAUCGUCGCCCUCACCAGGCGAUGAGGCUGAGCACUCGGCCUCAUGUGUGCUCUCCGCCCUGCACGAGGUGGUCCUGCCAUCUGCCGACGUGGUUCAGGACUCUGCCCUGGGUUACGAGUCGGGAACUGAUGCGUCAGUGCAUUUGGUAGCGCCUUCGAUUCCCACUGCCGUGGACACGGAUAUCCUGGCUUCAAAUCCAGUGCAGUCUUCGACCUUGGUGGAUUUUGGGGUUGACCUCGAGCUACUUGAAGAAGAGACCACGCGCGAGGCGCUAAGCGCCGCGUUUGAGGCCACACCGUCAACCCAAGCUUCCAAGCCGGCCUUAACAUCAACCACCGCUGCCAGCAGCUCCAAGCGCGCUCCGCGUCGCCGGCGACGCCGACGCCACCGGGUGCGACGUCGCAUGGCCGAGUUACCGCCGAGCCAGCAGCAGCGUCAGCGCGACCAAGCUCGUAUUGCGGCUCAGCGACGUCGAGCCAAGCAACUGGCCUCUGAUGCCCGUGUGGAAAGCGCCAUCGAACGGGCGUUGGCCCGUCGCCAGUUGCUAGAGCAACUCCAGGCAGAUCUGGCCUCGCAGCUCGAGGUACUGCGCGGCGUUGUGCGCCAGCGCUAUGGGACCCGCACAUAA